GUUCUAGCCGGAAGAUUCAUCUAUCGCAUUCUCACUGUUAUGAUGAGGGACCGUCAGCGUGCGAGAGUCUGCGGUCAUGGAGUUCAAAUGGAACGACGCUCCUGUCACUGGGCCGCUUGAGUUCUCGAGAGAUGUGUUUGACAAGUUCACUCUCGCGCCCACCGUCAAAGAACUGUUUGGUCUUUUACACAGCUCUGAUACAAAGUCUGAGGAGACGGGUGAGAAAAAGCCAGAUGGAUCCUCAUCAGAAGCAAAGACUGUUAAGUGUAAUGAAGAUGCAGAUGUCAGUAACAUCCUUGCAUCAGAUGAGCCCUCGUCUGAAUGCAAACCAACCAAAGCCAAACCUGUGAAGAGAACUGCGACUCCAGCGUUCCCUGAGCCCCUAGUGCCCUACCCCUGCUUUUCCACCCUCAAUGCAAAGAAUCGCAAGCUAUAUCUCAACAUGCUCAUCCACAAGAAUUAUUCCAGAGCUUCCAAGUGUUUGUUGGAGCUGGUGAAGAACGAGGUAACAGAGUUUAUGAAAUACCUGCAAGAUGUUUCUAGAGCAUGUGCUGAUGGGUACAACUAUAUGCCACCAUGCAGCACCCGCUACACUGAGGAAUAUUUUGCAGCCUGUUUGGAACAUGUGAAGAGUUACCCACAGGUUUACAGCAUUCAAGAGAUUACUAGCCUAACCAGUGUAAAGUUUGUGGGUGAAAUAUCUCUCAACUUUGAGAAACAGCUUCUUGCUAUGGGUAAAAUAGACAUGCUAGACACAAAAGUGAUACCAGAAAACACCCAGCUUGCUGUAGACUAUGAAACCGUGUCAAAUGUGAUUCCUCCAGCUAAAAAAGCAACUUUAGGACACACUGUCAUUAGCAAUGACAGUAAUGCGGAAAAACUCUGUGCUACUUAUGAGCCACAAGUGUGUUUAUCUAAAGAGGCCUUCCUUCAGCUCCUGAAUAACAGCUUUGAGUUCACGGAAGUGUGGGAGCUGCCCAUUUGGGUCAAAAUUAAUCCCAUGAAAGGCAGCAGUCAGAGUAAGACGGCGUACAUCGAUCCUCCUCUGCUGAAGACAGAGAUGAGCUGGAGAGAGAGGAGUCUGCUGUUUCAUGAAGAGAGCGUGAAGCUGGCAUUCAAGAAGACUGUAUCACGUCCUGUGUUUUUCCUCACUUCAGAAGAGCUCCCUGUUAAAAUGGAGCCUCCUCCUGAGGACAAGAUGUCUAGGAGUGUGUUUGCAUUUGAUGAUGCUGGUAUGGAUUUUGGGACUGAUCUAACAGACCUGGAGUCAUUUGGGGAGUCUUACAAGCCCAGUAAGAAAGUGAAGGAACAGAAUGAACCAAAAACAGCUUCUACAAAUCCAACCGCAUCUCCAUCUCAAUUUACCCCAAGCCCCAAGAACCCGACAGACUCUUUAGGUACAACAAAACACACCUCGACAUCUCAAGACGCUCCCACAGAACCCCUUGAGUUGACCGUGGCUAAGGUCAAAGGAGAGACCGACUCUUUGGCUGGAGGAGGAAACGGUACGCUGAAUGAAAGUGCCAUUUCAGAGAAGGAAAGUGUGAUUGAAGAUUCAAAAGAGAAGAUAGAAACGUCUUCUGCUCAGUGUCCUCCCACCAAGCGGCCCAGACAUAUGAUGGAAGAUAAGACGGACCAGGAUUUGGAUUCUGAUGAAGAACGACUAGUCAUAGAUGACAUUCUCUCCCCACAGAGACCUCAGACCCAGGUGACACCAGCAGAGGUGUCCUCCCCCCAAGCACCCGACCCAGUCACGCCAGGACCCACAAUCCCUCUGGGCAAAGGAACAAAGAAAGGCAUCAAAAGACCCAGAAUAUCCGGCGAGUGCGAUCAGCUCGGACAGAUUUUGCGGAUGCAGGACGCCAUGCUGAAAUCCACUCCCAGCAAGAACCAGGAGCCUGUGAAGCCACAUGUCCCAGAAGACAAACCUCCAGAAGCUAAAACCCAUUCACUGGUCAAGCAGUGUGUGACCUCAUAUCUGGAGUCCAGAGAGGGACAGGGAGAGGACGCCACACUGCCUGCUGACGUUCCUGUGCUGCUAGCCACUCAAAGAAAACGUCUUCUAAAGGAGGAUCUUCAGGUCAGUGCUGAGGAUGAGAUGGACUAUGAUCCUCCAGCAGAGGGCAGUGUUCUGUACAAACUCUACAGCCUGCUGGAUGUUCUGCUCAUGGUGCGCAGCAGUGUGAACAUCGCUCACCCCAGACAUGACAAAGACACCUUCAGGGCUGUUCCGGUGCAUGUUUUACCCAAGCUGGAGUAUCAGCUGUGCUACGGAGCCGAGAAUCUGACCCACACAGAGGUUUGUCAGCUGUGGGCCGAGAAACUGCUGCACUCCAGCACCGUGUCCUUCAUAAGUCGCAUCAAUGCACACACAUCAGAAGUGGCGCAGAUGCAGAAUUUGCCCGACGACUGGAUUCAGAACGUUACCUGCGACUUCAAGCCAAAUAGAUGUUUAAACACCCUCUACCACUUACUGAAAAAAGUCUCAUCAUUGCAGGAAGGACGAUACCUCUUAGUCCACAAACCUCGUGAGGGUUUCGUGACCAUCUUUAAAGCUAGUAAUGAGACCAAGGCUGCUCGCAGUGUGUACCACUUGCAGAACGCGCACUGCGGACCCCCAGCUGUGACUCCAGGGAUUCCCUGGGUUCCCCUGGACCCCUCACAUGUCCUGCCAUUUCACCAGAAACACGUCAGACCACCCUGCACCUUCCCCCCACGUCCACCCCCUCAGCCAAAAGCUGGAACAGGACCUAAGCAACGCCAGGGAAAAAACGCGGUCAGACCACCACAAGCAGCCAAUCAGAAUCAGUCGACAAAGAAGAAGCGUAAAAAAGACACAAGAAACAAACAUAAACAGGCAUGGGUGGACAACAUGAGAGUCAAGCUGAUGAAAGACAUGCAAAAAAGCCAAACCAGUGAAGGUGGAACGGAUGGAAAGCCUUGAUCGUUUUUUUUGGUGUGAAAACCAAUUUAUGUUAUGUUUAAAAGCACUUACUAUUAGUAUGUACAUAUUUUGUGUAAUAUAAAUUUGUUGUACAUUUUGAAACAAUCCUUACCAAAUAAGAAUCGAGUUUACAUUUAAAAAAGUAUCCUAUUUUGUAUUAUUUUGUCAGCAGUAAAUAA